AGGCCUGUUUGAACAGGUUUAAUGGAUAGCUAGAAGAGCUCAGUGUCCUACUGGGAGUAACGAGGUACAGUCACAGAGCAGGAGCACGAUGGCCAGAAGACGUGUCCCUUUAGCUUUAGUUUGGACAGUUUGGCUGAUUAUUUUGCCACUAGGAUCCACUAGACCAAUUGAAGAAGAAUCUGAUAGUGUGGAAUUUAGAGCUACCCCUUCCCCAGAGGUCAACGUCCCCCCAAAUUUGGAACCCCGUGGCACAAAACCAGAAGGACCAGUCCAGAUAGACACAGAACAAUUUAAGUUGGCAGCGGACUAUCUGAUAGAGUUCGGGUAUCUCCCAGAUGAGAACCUUACAGAAUACUCUGUGCCCAACACUCCGUUUAUCUCUGAAGAUGAGCUGCCAGAGGAGUUUAUCAGCGGCUUGGAGUGGUUCCAGAGACAGAAUGGGCUGAAAGUGACUGGUAAAUUAGACCCUGACACGGCUGAGGCGAUGAAGCUUCCCCGCUGUGGGAAACACGAGCAACGCAUGUCAUACAAUGUGGGCUCUAAGUGGAAGAAAGAUACGCUGACCUACAAAAUCCUUAAUACAACAGCCCAGCUGCCUGAAAAGUUAGUCAAGGAUGAGUUAAGCAAAGCCUUGAAGGUCUGGCAAGAUGUAUCUUCUCUAAAAUUUGUAGAAGUUGGCAUCAAUGAAACAGCAGACAUUGAUAUGUUCUUCGUCUCCGGCCUGCAUAACGAUGGCGCUAAAAAUGCCUUUGAUGGUCCUGGCCGUGUUUUGGGCCACGCGUUCAUGCCUCCGUUCGGUAAAACGAAAAGGGACAUUGAUGGAGACCUUCAUCUGGAUAAUGAGGAGAAAUGGACAAUUAAUGAGAAGAAAGGGGUAAACCUUUUGCAGGCAGCUGCACAUGAACUUGGACAUGCUUUGGGGCUAGAUCACUCAACUAUACCAGGAGCUCUCAUGGCCCCAACUUACAAAGGCUACAACCCCAAAUUCCAGCUUCACCAGGAUGAUAUUCAAGCCAUCCAGGUUCUUUAUGGCAAACCAAAGCUAAAUCAGACCACAGCAACUAACACCACGGACAUCAAGGCUGGAGAUGUGAAAAAAGACCCAAAACCCACCACGAAACCCAAAGCAGAAGAUAAGGAUGCCAAAAAGCAAUCAGUGGUGAAGAUGUGUGGGGAUCAACCAAUUGAUACAUUUGUAUCCACCAAGAAUGGCUCCAUCUAUUUAUUUAAAGGUGAAUACUUCUGGGAGAUGAGUCACGGGAAGCUGCCAUUAACAACCAAGAAGAAAUACCCUCAGCUUAUUUCAACAAAGUGGAAAUCCUUGCCCUCUUCGAUUGACGCAGCCAUAAGAAUGCAGAACCCAACUGCAGAUCAGGAUGGAAAGAUCUUCUUCUUUAAGGGACGUAAUUACUGGAAGUUUGACAAUGGUCAAAUGGAACCUGGAUACCCAAAGUUGAUCAGUGAAGGGUUCCCAGGUGUUCCAGACCAUCUGGACGCUGCAUUCACGCAACCUGCUAUCAUAGCAAAAGGAGGGAAAGUUAUAAGAGAAGAGAGAAUUUUCUUCAUAAAAGGGAAAAACUUUAUUGUGUACAACCCUGGUACUGGGAAUAGCACCAGUGCUCAGUCGUUGCAAGAUGAUUGGGUGGGAGUCAAGCUGCCAAUCAGUGCAGCCCUCAGUCUGAAGAAUGAGAUGUUCCUCAUCAGCAAGAAGAAGUUCCAGAAGGUCCUCAUGCUGACUUAUACCCAGGAUCACGUGUACGGCAACAUACACCAGCCCAAGAAUCUAAAUCAGUUGCUUCAAUGCGAGUGAAGCUAUGGAACUGUACAGAUAUUUGUAAAUAAUUGUAGCUUCCUAGUAGUCGUCCACUGACUGUAAGCUCUUCUCUAGUCUACUAAUGACAUUCAGCAGAUUGUUUUAACUCCUUGAUUAUAACAUUAUAUGUAAAAUCUUAUGAAACACUAAAUACAUACUGAUUGUAUGAUUAA